AGUCUCUUCACUGUAUCCUUCACUGUGCCUCUGCCUGUGCCUGUGUUCACACACACCAUGGUGGAAGCGUUGCUGGUGCUGUGGCUGUGUGUGUGUGGGGUCCUCUUUCUGGUGCUGGGGGGUCGUCGACCAAAAGGCUUCCCCCCCGGCCCCCGACCCCUGCCGUUGCUAGGCAACCUGCUGCUGCUCAACCCCACCAACCCACUCAAGGACCUGCACAAGUUAGCAGAGCAGUAUGGUCCUGUGUUCAGCAUCUUCAUCGGGGGUCGUGUUGCCGUGGUGUUGGACGGCCAGAAGGCGGUGAGGGAGGCGCUGGUCACCAAGGCUGGGGAGUUCACCGGACGCCCCGACCACAUCAUGAUCAGCCACAUGGCAGAGGGGAAAGGAGUGAUCUUGGCAGAUGCAGGCCCCAGUUGGAAGGCCCAUCGGCGCUUUGCCUUGUCCACGCUGAGGAACUUCGGGCUGGGCAAACACACCAUGGAGGAGCGCAUCCUGGAGGAACUCACACACGUCUGUGCCUUACUGGAGAAGAGCGCAGGAGGCUGUAUGGAUCCCCAGCACUUGUUCCACCACGCGGCGUCUAACAUCAUCUGUUCUGUCAUCUUCGGCUCUCGAUUCCACUAUGAAGACCCCUACUUCCAGAAACUCAUUACCAUGAUGGAAGAAAUCAACAAGCUAGCCAUCGGACCCUGGGCCAUGCUGUACGACAUCGCUCCUGCGUUGCGGGUGUUUCCACUGCCGUUCAGGAAGGUGUUCCAGCACUACCAGCGCCUCCGGGAACACAUGAAGACGGUCGUCAGACAACACCAGCGUGCAACACACACUUACACACACACUGACAUACACACCGACACACACACCGACACACACACGGAUCCACCCAGAGAUAUGAUAGACUGCUACCUGCAGGAAAUGCAGAAGAGGGCGGGGGAUGACUCUGCGUUUGAUGACUCCCACCUGGAGAGUCUCCUGAUUGACCUGUUCGUAGCCGGAACAGACACCACCUCUAACACACUACGCUGCGCAUGCCUCUACCUGAUGACACACACACACAUACAAGAGCGUUGUCAUGAGGAGAUCGACUCUGUGUUGGGUUCUCGUGAGAGUGUGUCGUACGAGGAUCGCCACUCCAUGCCUUACCUGCAGGCCGUGAUUCAUGAGUCUCAGCGCGUGGCCGACGUGGUGCCCCUCAGCGUCUUUCACACCACCACCACACACACACAGCUGCACGGGUAUAAUAUCCCGAAGGGUACGAUGGUGAUCCCCAACUUGUCGUCUGUGUUGCGUGAGGAGGGCCAGUGGAAGUUUCCUCACGAGUUCAACCCCCUCAACUUCCUCAAUGAGCACGGGGAGUUCACCAAACCGGACGCCUUCCUGCCUUUCUCCGCAGGUACGCGUGUGUGUCUGGGUGAGAGCCUGGCUCGUAUGGAGCUCUUCCUGAUACUGGUGACGGUGCUGCGGAGGUUCCGCCUGCGAUGGCCAGAGGGCGCCAGAGAGCCAGACUUCCAGCUGCUGUUUGGGGCCACACAGUCACCAAAGCCCUACCGCAUGGCAGUAGAACUGAGGAAUAUGCAUAGCUGAAACACACACACACA